CUAAAUAAGCUGGGACGAGGGGCCUCAAAACAUGUCAAGAGAGAGCAACUUUCAAUGUUUAGAAUGAAUCAUAAUUAAAAAUAGUCUAUUCAAAGGCAAACUGAAGUUAAAGUCUCAGCGUUUAAUUACAUGGUUUGGGAAAUGUAUGCUGCUUGAUCAUAUGUAACCUUAAAUAAAUGUCCUGAUGAAGCUAUGUAGGAUCAAAAUAUAGCAGCAGCUUUUUUAACAGAGGGCUAACUCUAACCAUUAGCUUGUAGCUUACAAUAUGUCUGACGAGAAAUGCUCGGUGGAGAAGGUGAACGAGAUGGAGGAUGUAAUAGCUCAGAUGGAUAACCACACUCAGCAGGAGCUGGCUGAGCUGUUUGUGAGAUACAACGUCAAGUCUCCCUCCACAGGAAACAACCUCACACCUCCAAUCUCCUUCAACCUGAUGUUUCAGACGUCCAUUGGGCCAGGAGGCAAUGUGCCUGGCUAUCUGAGGCCUGAAACAGCUCAGGGAAUGUUCCUCAACUUCAAGCGUUUACUGGAGUCUAACCAGGGAAAACUGCCCUUUGCUGCUGCUCAGAUAGGAAACUCCUUCAGGAAUGAAAUCUCUCCUCACUCUGGACUCUUCCGUGUUAGAGAGAGCACCGUGGCUGAGAUUGAGCACUUUGUGGAUCCAAAAGAGAAGGUCCACCCUAAUUUCUCCAAUGUGGCUGACCUGGAGGUCAUGUUGUUCUCCUCGAAGGCUCAGACCAGCGGACAGUCCGCACAGAUCAUGAGGCUGGGUGAUGCUGUGGAGCAGGGAGUGAUCAACAAUUCCGUGCUGGGUUACUUCUUUGGAAGGAUCUACCUGUAUCUGAUUAAAGUGGGGCUCUCCAAAGAUAAGGUGCGCUUCCGUCAGCACAUGGAAAACGAGAUGGCUCACUACGCAUGUGACUGUUGGGAUGCAGAGUCCAAAACCUCCCAUGGUUGGAUAGAAAUUUUGGGCUGUGCAGAUCGCUCCUGUUAUGACCUCUAAUGUCAUUCCAGAGCCACCAAAGUCCCUCUAGUGGCAGAAAAGCCUUUGAAAGAACCAGUAUCCUUCUUAGUAAAUUUCAUUCAGUUUGAACCCAACAAAGGAGCCGUAGGGGUUGCCUACAAGAAAGAUGCCAAGUUGGUCCUGGAGUACCUUGCUGUCCGUGACGAAUGCUACAUCAGUGAUCAGGAGAAGCUUCUCAGUGACCCUGGGGAGUUCAGCUUUGAGACAGAGGGCAAAACGUUCAGACUGACCAAAGACAUGGUCAGGUUGAAGAGGUUCCAGAAAACCUUGCAUGUGGAGGAGAUUGUUCCCAAUGUAAUUGAGCCCUCGUUUGGCAUCGGCAGAAUCGUGUACUCCAUCUCCGAGCAUUCGUUUCAUAUCCGCAAGGGAGAUGAUCAGAGGAAGUAUUUCAGCUUCCCUGCUACUGUAGCUCCAUAUAAUUGUUCCAUCCUGCCUUUGAGCCAAAACCAGGAGUUUAUGCUAUUUGUCUGCCAGUUGUCUGAGGCAAUGACCAAAAACGGUUUGUCUCACAAGGUGGACGACUCCUCAGGAUCCAUUGGACGGCGCUACGCCAGGUCAGAUGAGAUCGGAGUGGCGUUUGGCAUCACCAUCGACUUUGACACAGUGAACAAGACGCCUCACACAGCCACUCUGAGAGACCGAGACUCAAUGACGCAGAUCAGGGCCAGGGUCACUAGGAUACCAGGGAUGGUUCGAGAGCUGGCAAACGGCACCUUGACGUGGGCUGAGGUGGAGCGCAAGCACCCCAUAUUUGAAGGACAGGAGACAAGCAAGAAGGAGAAACCUAACUGGGACUCCUCUACUCUAAGCACAGGGACCAUAUUGUCAAUAAAGAUUUUGCAUUUAGCUGUAAUCAUUUUUUGAAACAGAAGGUUUACUGGCUUAAAACGUGUGAGGUGUGAAAAAUGAAUAUCUUUAUGCAGACAUAUAUUAUCUAUAAAGAUCAAGUAUGCAGCAGCAUCUGGGGAUUCAAAUGAGUCACAUCGACUGAAGGAAUCCUACUCACAAAUAUGCUGGUGGGUUAACGCAGUCCUCUGUGGCCUCCUACCUAAAACAGUAUUGUCACAUCAGCAUCUCUCUUUACAACUCCCUAUGGAUGUGGGGCAUUGA